CCGGCACUCACAAUCUCAACAACAAUGGCCUCCUCCUCCCGACCAUCCUCCCCCGUCCCGCCCCCGAUGUCGCCCAUCACACCGACUCUCCCGCCCGCGCACCUCGCCAGCGACACCAGCAGAGCCCCCGCCGCCAUCCAGCCUCUCCCUCCUCCCGCGACCACUACCACCACCACCACCACCACCGCCGCUGCGGCGGCGCAACAGUCACAGCCCUCCUCCUCGUCUAGGCGGCCAACAUAUGCGCAUUCGCAACAGCCAGACCAAGUCGGCGUACCGCCACCUCCCCCGCGCCCCAUCGAGUUCGACACGAAUCCCGACGUCAUCGCCCUCCGCUCCGCAAUCACCGUCCUCCAGAUCCAAAAGAACCGCGCGACGGCAGACAUCCAGACCCUCAGCCAGAUCAAGAACGCCGCCAUCGAGCACCCGGACGAAUUCGUCCGCGACCUCGUCCAGGGCAAAGUCGGGCAGGGAGCGCAAGCGCAGGCGCAAUCCUCCUCUGCCUCUGCCUCUGCCUCUGCCUCUGCCUCCUCCGCUGGCGCCAACAACAACAACAACAACAACAACAACAACAACAACAACGAGGCUCGGGAUCGCGAGCCGCCGUGGAUCGCGCAUUCCAUACCAAAGGCCCAGGACGUUGUCCGCUGUCCGCCCAUCAACUGGUCGCAGUACGCAGUCGUCGGAGAGUCCCUCGAUAAGCUCCACAACGAACAGGUGCGCCGGCCCACGCAGGGCACGCCGGCUACGCUUGGCGCU